AUGACCCUGGUGGUUGAAAUUCUCCUACAUCUCCGGUUGACAAAAGUGGAGGUUGCCAUACGGUUAACAACCAAUUUCCCAUCCUAUACCCGCUAUGAAGAUCUGAUCUGGAAGAGAAACCCCGAGUUCCCCGUCGAAGCAAUUUGCAAUAAUGAUCUUCGAAGGGCACUAUACGAGGCAGUCUAG